AAAGAGCGAUCGGACGACGAAUUCGCGAUCGUCUCGAUCCACCGUUGGAUCUCACGAUGUCACUCUCAGGUCUACACAAAUUCAAGCUCUUCGCCGCACAUCGUAGCUUGGAAGCGUCUACCGCGGGGAACCCCACGAUGAGUCCGACGAAGAGCCCUGUAUUCAAUCUCCGGCGACGCAAAACCCUGCGGAUGUUGUUCGAAAAGAGCUCUGACUGUCGCAGACGGAAUCUCCGUCAGAUCCUCGAGGAAUCGCCGGAGUCAGAUGGAAAUUCCGGGAAAAAGAAGAGGGGAAACCACCGCGCUAGGCGUAAAUUGAGAGAGCUCUUGGUCACAUCUCCGUCGCCGCCGUUCAGAGGUAGAGAAGAGGUAGACGGAAAUGGAGAAGAGGGAAGCGAGAUUUCGCCGGUAACCGUCAGCUCCGUUACUUCUAACGGUGACGGUAGAGAGUUAACGGCUAGACGAAUCGGUUCGUCUGGUUCGGUUCAAUCAUUUCGGUUGAGGAUUUUGAGAAAACCAUGGCGACCAGUCUUGGUUUCUAUUCCUGAACAACAAUAAAACCUUUUUGUUCUUUUCUUUUUUUUUCUCCGUUUUAUUUUCUUACAAAUAUAUAAAAUGUUGAUGAGAUCUUUAAUUUUUUUUAAAAUGUCAUAUUUUCGAUGUCUGUUUUUUUGGUUCUUACUGCUAUUAUAAGAUUUGUAGACUAAUAUAAUCUUUACUCUCUA